CUUCCUGGCUCACUGGUUGCUCUGACAGGCAGUGAAGCAACACACUCGGCUAUAAAUACAUGAAUCAUAGCCGAGGCUGUGCUGGCAGCGCGCUGUCUGUAUUUACUUACUGAACCUGGACGACUCGCAGAUCCACGCACUGCUGCUGACAGUCAGUCUGUGUCUCACUCGCAGCAUUUCGCACGGUGGGGAGUUCACCAGCAGAAAGUUUUCCUCUUGUUUUGGACGUUUUCUGUUUUGCCCCGAGGGCUUUUUGGAAUCCGAGGAGUUAAUUAGACACGGUCAGCUGUUCUGGACGGAGCAGCUAUGGGAGACUUUUGGGGAGAUAUUGCCAGUCAGCGAGUGGCCAGAGCGAUGUCGCUGGGGAACGAUGAGGAGGCGGUGUUGGACCGAGGGAAGACCAGCUCCACCCUCUACACCAACUUUGAGAAAGAAGAACUGGAGAGUCACAGGGCGGUGUACGUCGGGGUCCACGUCCCUCUGGGUCGACAGAGCCGGAGGCGACAUCGCCAUCGAGGGCACAGACAUCACCGGAAAAGACGGGACCGCUCAGACCGGGAGGACGGACGAGAGUCGCCCACUAACGACACGCCGUCUCAGAGAGUCCAGUUCAUCCUCGGGACGGAGGACGAUGAUGAGGAACACAUACCCCACGACCUGUUCACUGAGCUGGACGAGCUCGCCUUCAGGGACGGAAACGUCCAGGAGUGGAAGGAGACGGCCAGGUGGUUGAAGUUUGAGGAGGACGUUGAAGACGGCGGUGAGCGCUGGAGUAAACCCUACGUGGCCACGCUGUCUCUGCACAGUCUGUUCGAGCUGCGCUCCUGCAUCCUGAACGGCACCGUGCUGCUGGACAUGAGAGCCAACACCAUCGAGGAGAUCGCAGACAUGGUGAUUGACAGCAUGCUGGCAUCGGGUCAGCUGGAGGAGAGCGUUCGAGAGAAGGUGAGGGAGGCCAUGCUGAGACGUCACCACCACCAGAACGAGAAGAAGCUGAGCAACCGAAUCCCGCUGGUUCGAUCCUUCGCCGACAUAGGCAAGAAACACUCCGACCCCCAUUUACUGGAGCGAGACGGGGAGGGGCUGUCCUCCUCUCGUCUUUCCCUCCUCCAUCGCUCCUCCGUGGCCUCAUGCAACAUCCCCACCCCUCCUGUGUCCCCCCGUAUCUCCUACCUUUUGGGACGCCUCCUCCCCAGCCCUCCCCCUUCACCUCAGAUCACUCCCACGCUGUAUCGUCAUGGCCGCCACCUCUCUGAGCCGUGCUCGCCUGGCCUCACCCCCUCCCUCCCUGUCUCCCUCCUCGACGCUCCAUCCUCCACCUCUCCCCACCGCUGCUCUGCUCCAGAGGGACUGUGGGGAGGGAUCCCAGAAGUGGUGGUUCACCCCCCUGAAGAGGAGGAGGAGGAGGUGUUCAGGAUGGAGGACAAACAGGACCAGCUCUCCUGUCAGGACCUGCUGCUUCCUCACAGUCACACAGGUCUGCUGGCGUCCCCUCAGUCGGCUCCAGGAAACCUUGACAACGGCAAAAACGGCGACGGUCGCAUCAACGGCGGCAACGGAGGCAGCCGGGAAAACAGCACCGCGGCUUUCAGCAAGGUGGACAUGAACUUCAUGAAGAAGAUUCCUCCCGGUGCCGAGGCCUCAAACGUCCUGGUGGGUGAAGUCGACUUCCUGGAGCGACCGAUCAUCGCCUUCGUUCGAUUAUCCCCCGCUGUGCUGCUGACCGGCCUCACCGAGGUCCCGGUACCCACCAGGUUCCUCUUCCUGCUCCUCGGUCCGUUUGGAAAGGGUCCACAGUACCACGAGAUUGGACGCUCCAUCGCCACUCUGAUGACGGACGAGAUUUUCCACGACGUCGCCUACAAAGCGAAGGACAGGAACGACCUGCUGUCAGGGAUUGAUGAGUUCCUGGAUCAGGUCACUGUGCUGCCUCCAGGUGAAUGGGACCCCAGCAUCCGCAUCGAACCCCCGAAGAGCGUCCCGUCUCAGGAGAAGAGGAAGAUGGCGUCUGUCCCUAAUGGCUCCGCCCACAGCUCUGACGCAGUGAAGGAGACGGAGCAUCACACCGGACCCGAGCUGCAGAGAUCGGGGAGGAUUUUCGGUGGUUUGGUGAACGACGUUCGAAGGAAAGCUCCCUUCCUGUGGAGUGACAUCAGAGACGCCGUCAGUCUGCAGUGUUUGGCGUCCGUCCUCUUCCUCUACUGCGCUUGCAUGUCGCCCGUCAUCACAUUCGGAGGUCUGCUGGGAGAAGCCACCAAAGGAAACAUAAGUGCCAUAGAGUCUCUGUUCGGGGCGUCUCUGACGGGCGUGGCCUACUCUCUGUUUGCUGGUCAGCCCCUGACGAUCCUGGGCAGCACCGGUCCAGUUCUGGUCUUUGAGAAAAUCCUCUUCAAGUUCUGCAGUGACUACGGUCUGUCCUACCUGUCUCUGAGGACCAGUAUCGGACUCUGGACGGCCUUCCUGUGCCUGCUGCUGGUCGCCACUGACGCCAGCUCUCUGGUCUGCUACAUCACGCGCUUCACCGAGGAGGCGUUCGCUGCUCUCAUCUGCAUCAUCUUCAUCUACGAGGCUCUGGAGAAGCUGGUCCACCUCGGGGAGCUGUACCCCAUCAACAUGAACAACCCGCUGGACAACCUCACCUUCUACACGUGUCGCUGUUCUCCACCGGCCAACGCCUCCGCUGAAGUCCAGCAGAUCUGGAGCAACAGAAACUUAACCUCAGAAAGCAUCGAGUGGGAGCAGCUGAGUGUGAAGGACUGUCAUCAUUUACACGGGGAGUUCGUCGGCUCCGCUUGCAGCCACGACGGCCCCUACGUCCCAGACGUCCUCUUCUGGUCCGUCAUCCUCUUCUUCACCACCUUCUUCCUCUCCUCCUUCCUCAAACAGUUCAAGACCAAGAGAUACUUCCCGACUAAGGUUCGAUCGACCAUCAGUGACUUCGCCGUCUUCUUGACCAUCAUGAUCAUGGUUCUGGUGGAUUAUCUGGUGGGAGUUCCUUCACCCAAACUCAACGUACCCGACCGCUUCGAGCCCACGUCCAACACUCGAGGGUGGCUGAUCUCCCCGCUGGGACCAAACCCCUGGUGGACACUGCUGGCCGCCGCCGUGCCCGCGCUGCUCUGCACCAUCCUCAUCUUCAUGGACCAACAGAUCACCGCCGUCAUCAUCAACAGGAAGGAGAACAAACUGAAGAAAGGUUGUGGCUACCACCUGGACCUGCUGGUGGUGGCGGUGAUGCUGGGCGUGUGCUCCAUCAUGGGUCUGCCGUGGUUCGUGGCGGCGACCGUGCUCUCCAUCUCCCACGUCAACAGUCUGAAGCUGGAGUCGGAGUGCGCUGCGCCUGGCGAGCAGCCCAAGUUCCUGGGCAUCAGAGAGCAGAGAGUCACCGGCUUCAUGAUCUUCGUCCUGAUGGGCUGCUCCGUCUUCAUGACCUCCGCCCUCAAGUUCAUCCCGAUGCCUGUCCUGUACGGAGUCUUUCUCUACAUGGGAGCGUCCUCGCUCAAAGGCAUUCAGCUGUUCGACAGGAUCAAACUGUUCGGCAUGCCGGCCAAACACCAGCCGGACCUGAUCUACCUGCGCUACGUCCCACUGUGGAAGGUCCACGCCUUCACUGUGGUGCAGCUGUCCUGCCUCAUCGUCCUCUGGGUCAUCAAGGCCUCAGCCGCCGCCGUCAUCUUUCCCAUGAUGGUUCUGGCUCUGGUGUUCAUCAGGAAGCUUCUGGAUUUCUGCUUCACCAAGAGAGAGCUGAGCUGGCUGGACGACCUGAUCCCAGAGAGCAAGAAGAAGAAGGACGACGACAAGAAGAAGAAGGAGAAGGAGGAUGCUCAGCGGAUUCUGGAGGAGGCAGAGGACGAUCCGCCGUACGACAGAGGAAACAUCAUCAAGUUCCCGAUCAAAAACCUGAAAGGAUGCGUGGACCCAUCAGAGGUGAACAUCUCCGAUGAAAUGGCCAAAAGCGGCAUUUGGAAAUCAGUUUCCAUGAACUCUGACAGCAGCAAAGCUCUGAAACGCUGCAGCAGCCUGGAGAAGCUGCCGAGCAUUCAGAUAAACGUGGAGAACGAGGACGGUCGGAGAGUCGUGGACGCCGAGACGUCGCUAUGAUCCACUGCUGCUCUCUGCCACCAGGGGGGGCUGCUGGGGGACAAGGAGGGCUGCUGUUACUGAUGGGACCCUGUAGCCCUGUGUCGUUUUUAAACCGAGGUGAAAGGUCAUUGGACCAAUCAGGAUUCACCUCGUCGUGCCGUACUUCUCAUCCUGCGUUUUCUCGGACGAAGGUGAACGUUUUAUUUUCUCAUCGUUUUAUGGUGAAACACGGAGACUCCACCACUGGGAGCAAAUAUGGCCGCCACUCAAGGAAGCAGCUUCCUCAGGUUUCUUUGGUUGGUUUUUAUUUGGGCGGCCCGCUGCUGCUCUGUGAUUGGCUGCUGAAGCAUCGGACUGAAACACGGACUCAACGGACGCCUGAUUUUUCCAGACUGAUGAUCUGAAAAACACCUGAAGCUUAAUUUUAUGGUUUUUCUGUUCCUGCUUUCACGAAGCAGACGAGGCUCUUCACCUCCCACAGGUCCAACGCAGGACGGAGUUUUUAUUUAAUCAUCAUGCUGAUUUAAGUUGUAUGUGUGUCAGUGAGUGUGUAUUUUUUAUGUAUGUGUGUGUGGGAGUGUGUAUGUGUGCGUGAUCAUUGUUGUACCUCACCUUGUUGCCUACAGUGGCGACUGAAUGACGUCACAGUCGCUGUCAUAGUUCCUUCGUAAAGCUUUAAUAAAAUCAGUUUGGUGACGACAAUCAGAAUCUGUCUGACGCUUUGAUGACCAGUGACCUCUGACCUCAGGUCAGUGAC